GUAUUUUAGAUGUAGUAAUUGGGCAGCGUUCACUUCAACCUAUUGUGUAAGUUUGAUUCUAUACAACUAAAAGCUCGUGACGUAAAAGUAUAUUUAUUUCAUGUAAUGUGAUAGUGCAAUCUACUUUCAAGACAACAAAAUAGCAAUCUAUUGAUAUUCUUGCAAGAACGAAACUGCACAUGUAAAUGUUGAUACCUGAUACAAGAAUACAAUAACUUACUUGACUUUCAACUGCUCUGCCAUAGAAAGUAUUCAUUGCACCUAGGAACGAUGGACGAAAUUAUUCCAAGCUGGCUUGACAAGCAUUUUGUGACGGCUUGUAUAACAGGAGAUCCAAGUCAAGAUAGAAGUAACUGUACUGUAUCAUCGUUUGAUGUAUCUUCCGUUCUUCCACCAGGAAACAACUAUGCAGCCAAUUUAUUGAGAGUUAAAGUGACCUACAAUAACCGCGGUAAAACCUGUACUCAAUUUAUGAUUGUAAAAUCACUUAUCGAAAAUAAUUUACUCUCCAAAAUAUUCUAUAGGUUUUUUGAGACGGAGCCUGUAUUCUAUAACACAUAUCUACCAGAAGCUUUGAAAGUGAAUCGGAAUUUGCCUGUACCUAAGCCGUUUUUCUCCCCAAUACCUGAUGUUAUAGUAAUGGAAGACCUCAGUGAGAUGGGCUACAAGUUGCCCGACCGAUGCCAAAUGUUGGAUUUUGAACAUUGUAAACUUUUCGUCACCGCUUCCGCCAUUUUCAGUGCUGUUUCUGUGGCCAUUCACAAGAAACACCCAGAAAUCGUCGCAUCUUUAGCUAUAGAUCCCUUUUACUCUAAAGAUCUUGCAGACAACUGUGCUGAGUUGCACAAAACUCUUAUGACCAAAGGGUUGCUAUGUAUGGCUGAGCACAUAGCGGAGACCGAACAGUUUAAGAAGUACUCCAAAGUCGUGCGCGAUUGUGCUUAUACAACCUGGGAUAAAGUUAUCGAGCUUCACAAACCUUCCAAUAAGUUGAAUGUGCUCCAACAAUCAGACGCUUGGACUGGUAAUGUGAUGUUUAAGUAUGAUAACUAUGGUAAGGUAAAGGAUAUAAAAAUAUUGGAUUUUCAAGCAUUAAGGUACAGUUCUCCUGCCAGUUCCUUAAUUUUCUUUCUCUGGACCAGCGCAAACCACGAGGUCCGAGAGCGCCAUCUUGAAGACCUUUAUGAGAUCUACUGUGAUGUCCUAAAUGAAAAUCUUGCCAAACUCAAAUGUCCGGAAAGGGUGUCCUUGGAUGAAUUUCUUGAUGAUAUGCAACUCCUAAGCCCAGCGGUUCUAGCCAUCGCAGCCUAUUUCUUUCCACCCUUGACAAAUCCUUGCGUUAUGGACUUUGAAAGACGUAUUGCACUAGCACAAAGUGAUGGAGAAAAUCCAUACGAGGAAAGUUAUGGUGAAAACUACUGUAAAGAUAGUUUUUUGAGGAUUCUGAGUCAGUUAGAACGAUGUGGAGUGUUUAACAAUCUCUAAGUUUACUUUAGUCUUAACUAGUCUAAGUACGAAAAAUUAUUUUAGUAAACAUACUGCAAAAUUUUACUGUAAAUUUAGGAUAUUUCAUUACUAGGAGUAUCAAUUCAUAUUUACAUUUUAUGUAAAGAUGACUGGCACUAAUCUUAACAUAAUUUUUAUUUACUACUCACAAAUAAUGUUUUAACAAAAGAAAAUUAAAUUGUGCUAAAAUUGGUAUAUGUGUUUCGGUAAAAUUAUAUUAAUGAUUGAUCAUUAUAAAAAAUAAUUAAUUAUAUUAAGCUACAUACUUAUAAAUUCUAAAAUAUUCAUUGAAACUAUUAAAAAAUCAAA